AUGGCUGUGAGUAAGGGUACUAAAGAAAAGAACCCUGACGCGGUUGAGGAACCAAUUGUCCAAAUACCAGAAGUUAAAAGUGGGCCAUUGAGACCUUAUUUAAAUAUAGAACCAAGCAAUCAUUUAGUCAAAUCACGUACUAUCCAAACGUUUAAUGAGAAAGUACUAGUUGCUACUUUAUGGAUAUUUACAUCGAUUAUCCGAUUACAUGAUUUGAGCUGGCCAAACAGUGUCGUUUUUGAUGAAGUUGUAUACGGUGGAUUCGCCUCAAAAUAUCUGAAAGGAACAUUUUUCCUCGACGUUAAUCCUCCUUUGGUCAAACUACUUUAUGCCGCUAUUGGUUACUUAUCAGGAUUUAAAGGAUCAUUCGAUUUCGGCCGUAUUGGUGCAGCCUUCUCUGCUGCCACUCCAUAUGUUUUAAUGAGAUCCUUAUCUGCUCUACUAGGUUCAUUCACUGUUGUCGUAUUGUAUCUUACAUUGCGUGUCUCGGGUGUCAGAAUUUGGGUCGCCUUAGCGACAGCUAUAUGUUUAGCAGUCGAAAACUCCUAUGUCACAGUUUCUCGUUUUAUUAUGUUAGAUUCUCCCCUAGUUUUCUUUAUUGCACUUGCAGUAUAUUUUGUUCAAAAAUCAGAGUUAUAUCAAGCUGGUUCCAUAAAAUCCUACUUUUUAGUGUUUUUGUCUUCAAUUUCUUUAGGUUUUGCUAUCUCUUCCAAAUGGGUUGCUGUAGGUGCAUUCGCCUGGGUUGGUUUGAUGUGCUUGUUUAGAUUAUGGUUUAUGGUUGGUGAUUUGAACAGAUCUGUUUGUUCAUCUUUCAAGAUCGCUGCGAUAAAAAUCGCAACCCUUUUAGUUGUUCCAUUCUGCAUGUACGUUUUCGUUUUCUAUUUACAUUUCCAAUUGGCAAAUGUUGAUUCGAGUAUUAGUCAGUAUUUCACUCAAGAGUUUAGAACAGCUUUAAUCAAUAACACAAUUCCACAAGAUAUUCCAGCUGAGGUUGGUGUUGGUUCCAGGAUUACUUUACGUCACACCGGUACCAAUGGAGGUUAUUUACAUUCACAUAGCCAUUAUUAUGAAACAGGUUCGAAUCAACAACAAAUAUCCUUGUAUCCUUAUGAAGAUGGAAACAACGAAUGGUUAGUGGAGUUAUACGAUAAACCAUUGGCAAAUGUUACCGAAUGGAAGAACUUGACCUCUGGUAUGAAAAUCAAACUAUUACAUAAUACUUUUUGUAGGGUACAUACUCAUGAUCAUAAACCACCAGUAUCAGAAAACAGUGAUUGGCAAAAAGAAGUGUCUUGUUACGGGUUUGAAAAUUUCGAAGGUGAUGGUAACGAUGAUUGGAUUAUUGAAAUUGAUGAAGAUGAAUCUGUUCCUGGAGAGGCACAACAACAUAUUAGAGCUCUUGAAACUAAAUUCAGAUUGAAACACGCUAUCAUGGGCUGCUACCUCUUCUCUCAUGAAACUAAACUUGAUAAGAAAGGUUUUAAUCAGCAAGAAGUUACUUGCGGUUAUUCAGGAAAAGAUUACUUAACCACCUGGUAUGUCGAAAGUAAUGAGAACCCACUAUUACCAGAUGAAACUGACCGUGUAUCCUACCAGAAACCCACCUUUUUGGAUAAAUUUAUUGAAACUCACAAGAAAAUCUUACACGUUUCAGGUAAGAUAGAUAAUACUCAUCCAUACGAAUCCAGUCCAUUUUCUUGGCCACUAAUGCCACGUGGUAUUGAUUUUUGGAACGAAGGACAUCAAGAUAUUUAUUUACUCGGCAAUGCUGUUGUAUGGUGGUCAGUUACUGCUUUUAUUGCGCUUUUCUUAGGAAACAGUGCUUUGCAAUUACUAAGGUGGCAGUUAGGUUAUGAACUUUCUCAGGAUCCUGUUGUUAUUAACUUCCAUCUCCAAGUGAUCCAGUAUUUAUUAGGUUUUAUUUUGAAUUUCGCACCAUCUUUGUUGUUCAAGGGGCAGCUUUUCUUAAAUAAUUACCUCCCAGCCUAUUAUUUCGGUAUCUUAGCUCUAGGACAUGGUUUAGAGAUGAUUGUCUCUUAUUUCUUUGAGAGAAGAAAAUCUUCCGGUUAUGUUUUGAUCGUUGUUUUCGUUUUCAUGGCUGUUCGUUUUUUCAGCGGUCAUUCUUCCUUGGUUUACGGUACUAGAUGGACCACUGACCUUUGUGAACAAUCCAAAUUGUUGUCUGACUGGGAUUAUGACUGUUCUUCGUUUUAUUCGACUUACCGUGAAUAUGAUGCCCACCCAGAUGGAACCUAUGAAGGCAAUCCAUUAAUCUCCCCAUCUAAGACUUUAGCUGCUCCAGCUCCUCCAACUCCAAUACCUGGAGCUCCAUUGACUGAAAUUGAGAAAUUCGAUGAGGUGGUUGAUGAUGGUGUCGUUAAGAAGUUCAUUGACCAAAAUGGUAACGAAAUUCCAGAAGAAGAAGCAAGAAGACUAAUCGCUGAACAAGGUGGCUCGUUUGAACGUGUAGUAAACGGACAGGUUAAAGGAGAAGGAGAGGGACAGGAGAAUAUUGAAGAAAACAUUCAAGAAAACGCCCAAAAAAACAUUCAAGAAAAUGUUCAAGAACACCAACAAGAACAUCAACAAGAAACCUUGCAAGGAGAUGUUCAAGAAAAUGAAGAACCAGUGAAAGAAGAAGAAGCGCAAUCGGUAUCAUUUGAACCUUCAUUCGACAACGAAGAAUCAUUCCCAGUCAACGGAGGUGAUAAAGGAAGUCAGGAUGGUGUUGCCGGAACAGUCCACAACGAUGAUGGCGGUAUUCAAGAGCAACCGGAAACUCCUCCCAUUGAAAACGUUCAUGCCGCUGAACAAGAAUUAGAACAAGAUUCUGAUCAAAAUAAUGACGAAGCUUUUGAACAAAUCUUGCAUGAACCUAUUCCUAAAAAAUUUGUUGACGAAAAUGGUAACGAACUUGAUCCAGAGGUAGCAAGAAAAAUGGUUCAAGAAGGUGGCUCUUUUGAAAGAUUGCAAGAAGACGAAGAGGAACCUUUCCCCACUAAUACGGUCGACAUCGAAUCACUUAUACACGACGGGAAACCUAAAAAGUUCAUAGAUGAAUUUGGAAACGAAUUGUCACCGGAGGAUGCUAAAAGGCUAGUAGAAGAACAGGGUGGUAUUGUUGAAGAGUUUGUCCUUCAUUAG